ACCGUGUUCAGAGUUCAGUCAGAUGACAAUUUCCGGCGAGUUAGCCGGAAGUUGGGGCAAUGGCCGACAUGAGAAUGGACGAUGACCUGUUUGAUAGCAUUGUGUUUGCAGAAGAAAGGUUCCGAGAUGAAGGCUACCGGGAAGGUUUUGAGAAGGGGAGCCGCCGAGGGCUUCAGGACGGCCGCAGACACGGAGCUUGUCACGGGGCCCGGCUGUCCUGCGAGAUGUCCUUCUAUUACGGCUUUGCAAUCACGUGGAAAUGUGUCCUCCAAAACAGCAUAGAUGGCAAAUCAAGAAAGCGUGUGAAAGCACUGGAGACCCUCCUUGGAAUGAUCCAAAGCUCUCCUCUUGAUGAUCCACAGUCUCAGAAGCUACAGGAUGACAUGGACAAGCUUCGAGCUAAGUUCAGACAGGUCUGCUCUAUGCUCAGUGUCCCAGCUGACUUCAAGGAUUACAUCAGCGUGGCUGAAGGCACUUCAUUCUGAGUCUGUCUUGAUGGUGAACCAGACCCGACCCAGCAUCCAGACACAAGGUGGAAGCUGAUUUGAUGUCAGCCUUGAAUGCCCCAGCAGAUAUGGUCUGCAGUGGAUUCAUCUGAAUGCUGGGAGUGUGAGACGGUGACAGUGAGACAAGAAUUGUGUGAUCCUUCAUGAUGUAGAUAAGUCUGAGGAAAAUGUGCUGUCACUACAGACCCAGAAACGGGAAUUUGGGGGCAGUAAUUCUAUCAUGAUUUCCUACAAAUGGAUUUAUUGCAGUUUUUUAGUUGACUACAGAACUAAACAUCAGGACAGUAAGGCAGUGAAAGUUGUGUCCUUAAACAUGUAACAUUAGAUUUAAGGUGAGGUUUUGAGGAUGGAACAUUGUAUUGUGGAAAUCGGAUGAAUUCACAGAUAAAUUGUACAUCAGUGUUAAGAUCAGCUUGACCUUCAGUUUGUGUUUUUUAAUAACUGUUCUUACAGUUUUUGGACCAAGGCAUUCACUGAAUAAAAGUGCCCGCUGCAGCGUGUCGGUAUCAGCAGCUGCACGCUACAGUCGUUUAGAAAGGAGGAACAUAGAGGGUAUGUUACUGAAGUAAAUACUGUGGUUUAUGACUGAUAUGGACUCUUAAACUGAAAUUAAUAUUGAGGUGAGUUGAUUUGCCUUUUUACCGUCACUAAAAGUGGAAAUGAAACACUAAAUGUAUAAAGCCUAACUUGCAUCAUGGAGCCUGGCUCUCAGAAACUGACACAGAUGUAACGCUGUCUGUGUAGCUGGAUUUAAGAAAUAAGUGCUUAAAGUUUUCAAAAGAUGUUUAGCGCCAUUUUUCUGUUAGUAUGGAACAUUCUGUACUGACAGAGGAUGGCGCCGGGCUCAAUAGUAUAAAUUAGCCUUUAUACAUUUAGUGUUUCAUUGUCUUAUAAUGUAAUAGUAAUCUGAUAUGUUUUUGUUAAAGCAGCAAGCAACAGAUUAGACAUGACAUUUACAGAAAUAUGACAAUUAGGCUAAAAACUUAAGGACAGGCGUAUGGAGGGUGUUAAAACUGUGUGUGAUGUGUAAGUGUAAUUUCUAUCAAAGUGGAAGGAGGCUGCUCCUCUCUAUCAAAAUGCACAAAAACAGUAACUGAAAUAAAUGCACAGUCUCACUAUA